CUCUGCCAUAUCUGGUGUUUUUAUCAUCAUCCCAUCCUUUUAAUCUUAUAUUCCUCUUCUUGUAAUUUCCUCCUGUUCCUCGUCCCCACAUUUCACUUCCUUUGUCUGCACCUUCCCAUCCGCUCCCCCGCUCUGAUUCCCCGCCCUUGUUGCUCGCAUCCUUGCGACGUGUACUCGUCUCUCCACUCAAUCCAACUUCCUAUAUACCAACCGCCUUGCCCUUCCGUCCCACUGAUCAAAGCUUGAGCACAGAGUGGAUUAACUGUUCCAGCAACUUGGUAGGACCCCGGUUGGCUUAGACCCAUCAGCUAAUACCCUUCUCGACAUCAGUCUGCAGUUCCAUUCUUGAGAAGGAAUCUUGAGCGCUCCAGCGUCUCUUCCUACAGAGUGAACGUUGUGUGAUGUACAGACUUGGUUAACAAGUGUCGCACAUGAUCGAUCUCGACUUGGAUCCUCGGGUAGGGUUACAGCAGACCAUGGAUUCUGGCUGCUUCAGCGUCGAGCAUGACACGUCCAAGUGCUCGAGGGACUGUGAAGAUAUAUUGGACUGGUACAAGCGGCUGGUGGACCAGGAGUGCACCCUCGACUCUAGGCUUCUUGGGUUCAGAGAAGGCUUCCACAGGGUUCCCGACACCAGCGUGUUCUUCUGCUCUAGAUCAGGCCUUGCGGCUCUCAGUCGAAGGCUCUUUCAGUUCAUUCUGAUCAUCUUCGCUGCCAUGACAGGGCACAAUCUGCUGAAUCUCGUCAAGCGCAUGUCUAACGGAGAGCUGCAGACGUAUCGACAUUACAACUUUACAGUGAUCGAGUGCAGGAGCCGUGCGUUGGACCCCGAGUUUCUCCCUCACAUCUCAAGUUUUGGUAUGUUGCGCGAUGGCAAGGACAGGAGAUUUGCCUCUGUGAAGAAGGAGGUAGUGUCUGAGAUGUAUGUGAGAAACGGGAGCAUGAUCGUUUCCUACCUGGAGGCCGUCGACACUAACGGCUUCUAUUUUGUCACCUCGACCUCAGACCCCGAAUGGGACCCGGUUCGUUUCAUGGUGUACGGAUCUAACGAUCUGGUGAGCUGGAAGCAUAUCGGCUCAUCAAGUUGGCACUUCAAUAUCUUCGAUUUCUCCUUCACCCUGCACAACGGUCACUUCGACACCGCCAUGGAGCGAUCGAGAGUGCACACCUUUGAUAUGAGGACUCCACAGCCCGAGGCCUUCCUGUUGGUGACGAUCUGCGUCAUCAAGACGUUAGGGUUGUGCAUGGCGGCUCUGUUCGGAAUGAUGAACAAGGAGAUCAUAGGGAAGUACGCGCUGGUGUGCGCUUUUGGCAUCAACACUGUCUUGAACCUGGCCUGCGCAUACUUAGACCAGGAGAACAGGAUCAUGCUAGUCAUGUCAACCUUGUUCUGUGCGGCGCAUAUGAUCAUCUGGACAGCGGAACGUAGGCUGAUUGAGUCAUACGGGAUUCUGUUCGGCUUGGGAGCCGCAUACGGCCUGGUGACGGGGGGGCCGAACCAGUCGGUGGACAUGGAGCAGAUUUUCAUCGGUCUCAUCUUGAUCAUCGUCAUCUACGCUAACCGCUACCGCAUUAUCUCUGGGAGCAGACGGCUGGUGCACAACGACAGAAUCGCAGCACCUGAGUGA